AUGGCCAAAAGCACCGGCACCUCCACGGCCCUCACCAUCGUCCGCGUCUUCCAAAUCCUCACCCUCAUCGCCUGCUGGGGCAUUCUCGCCGCCCUCGUCAACGUCUACAACAGCCGCGGCACCGUCGCCCCCGCCGGCGUCCUCACCCUCUUCAUCGUCGCCCUCCUCGCCUCCAUCUGGGCCUUCUGCGUCGUACUCACCCAAGCGCGCGCGCGCAACACCGCCUACUGGAUGACCGCCGGCGACGUGAUCCUCCUCGCCGCACUCAUCGCCGGCGUCGUCCUCAUCUCCAAAAUCACAUCGUCGCGCUGCAACGCGCCCCAGCAGCAAGUCGUCUACGCCACGAGCGCGGACGGCACAAAGGUCUACCCCACCACAGUGUCGAGCGCCAAUAACAGCGAUCCCGUGUGGAGCGGGCACAACUGCGAUCUGGCGAAGGCGGCGAUGGGGCUGGGGAUUGCGAACAUCAUCCUGUUCUUCAUCUCUGCGAUCCUGGCGGCCGUGGUGGUGGUACAGAACAAACAAGAGGAUGAGGAGCUGGUGAGGGAGAAGAUCUAUACGGCGAGCACGAGGAGCGGGGGCAUGAGGGGGGGGAGUGGGGCGUAUGUGGAGCGUAGUGAGAGGAGUAGGAGUUGCAGUAGGAGGCAUAGGCAUCGCCAUGGCAGCCCGAGGUCGGGGGAGUAUAUCAUUGAGGAGAGGAUUGUAUAG